CUGCCUGCAGUCAUGGGGAACUUGGGGAGCUUUUGGUGGAUUGUGGUGGAGAUUGCAUGCAGGAUUCUUGGCAUAUCGACAGCCACAGUGCUGUGUGCUGUAGGAGUGGAGACCCUGCAUCAAGGAGACUUCAACAGCCUUGGCAUCUACCUACUAGUGUCCUCUUUUGGCGUCAUGAUCUUUGAACUGGCUUAUUUCAUCGAUUCACUACUGCUCAUGUGCCUACCUUGUCCUCCAGACUGGCAGCUCUUUAUGUUGUGGGGGAAGAUGGCCCACGUUGGAGGAUUUCAUAAGUUCCUCUAUUACUCCAUCAUGUCUGUUGUCUGUUUCUUGCACCCUGUGUUGGUGUGGCAUGCCAUUAUCCCAGGGACGAUGCUUCUUGUAACUGCAUUCUUCAACUUCAUACUAAGCAAGAAAACAAACACUAAAUUCCCCAAAAGACCAGAGGAGAGCUACAGCGAGCAAGGCCUGACCGCGGUGUGCGUGACAGAGCGACCAGGCUCGGACAAUGCGCUCUCCUUCCUGCAAGUGUUGACAGGGAAAAGAGUUGCCGUAGCAACCAGGGACGGCUGCCACGUCCUGGCCGACAGGCGAGGAGAGAGCUUUCAGGCCAUGCUGGAGCUGGAGCAGAUGCCAAAAGAGAAGAGGCGGAAGGAGAGGAGGCCCAUUUGGAUGAGAGUCCGAGAGGAGGCCAGAGAGAUGGAGGAGAUGAAAGAGUUUGUGGAGUCAGAGCCAGAAACCACCUCAGACACCGCACCUAUGAUUACUGACUGAUGUAGGCUUUAUUCAUAACACACUUGAAGAAAAUGAUGAUUAUGUUCAUCCUGAACUGGUGCUAUACCGCAACUACA